AUGGCUACUACUAGAAAAUUAUGGAAAACUAGAAAAUUUGCUCAGCUCAUUUUUAUUACUACAUUUUCCAUUAUGUUAAUACUUGCAAUUUACAGUAUGAAAGAAAAACAUCAAACAAAGUAUGUUAUAAAGGAAAAAACUGAGGAUUAUUCAGAAUACCGCCAUGGAAAAAACGAAAGAAAAUAUUCAACAUUGAAUUUAGAAACAUCUAAUUAUGUUAAGAUAAUUGGUAUCAAUGAUGAUAUUGAUAAAGUGAGUUUUAAGGAUAGACCUGAAGAGAUCACAGGAGGUUCUUUCAGAGGCUUGAAGAUAGUACAUUUAGAUUUAAAAGGAGCUCCUCCAAAAUCAACUUAUUAUGCUGAUUUCUUUCCUUUUAUAAAAAGACUUGGGGCAUCUGGUGUACUAAUUGAAUAUGAAGAUAUGUUCCCUUAUUCAUCUAUUGAUGCAGCUGCACAUAAUGCUUAUACUAGAGAUGAAAUUGAUAAUAUCAUGAAGUUAGCCAAUGAAAGUUCUCUCGAGGUGAUUCCAUUAAUACAAACAUUUGGCCAUCUGGAGUUUUUGUUAAAAUUAGAGAAAUACAAACAUCUCCGAGAAAACAACAAGUAUCCACAAGCGAUAUGCCCUUCAAAAAAUGAAACUCUUCAUAUCUUAUUUUCUAUAAUUGAUGAAAUACUUGAAGCUCAUAAAAAUAUCAAAUAUAUUCAUAUUGGAUGUGAUGAAGUUUAUCAAAUUGGGCAGUGUAAUGAUUGCAAGGAAAAACUGUAUAAAAAUAACUGGAAUAAUAAGCAUUUAAUGCUCAACCACAUCACAACACUUGCAAAAUACAUUAAUAAAAAAACUGAAGGGAAUGUCAAACCACUUAUUUGGGACGACGAACUAAGAUCGAUCCCUCUAAAUGAAUUACAGCAGUGGGAAAUCGGUAAUUUAGUUGAGCCUGUUAUUUGGAAAUACACAGCAGAUGUUGAGAACUAUCUUGAUGAUGAAUUAUGGCAAAAGUAUAGUGUAAUUUUUAAAGCAGUUUGGUUCGCUUCUGCCUUUAAAGGAGCCAGAUACCCCAAUUCUUAUACAACAUAUAGUAAUUAUUAUUUUGAAAAUCAUAAGUCAUGGAUGAAUUUAUUAUAUAAAUAUUCAGAUAAAAUAUUCUUCCGUGGUGGUAUACUGACUGGAUGGCAAAGAUAUGAUCACUUUGCUGUUCUUUGUGAACUUCUACCUGUAUCAAUACCAUCACUGGCAUUAAAUUUGAUCUAUCUAUCAACAGAUAUUAAGACUUUGAUUGAGCUCUCAGUUAGAACUCAAAGAAUAUGUGGUUGCGAUGCUAACCCAGUAAUGGCUACAGCACCACACGGUACUUGUACGUUCCCCGGUGCUUGCCUCUACAUUGCGGUUACUCGCCUGCCACAAAUAGGUUUCGCUCUCCAAAGGGAAAAAGAUCGUUCUCACUAUAAAGGUUGGAUGUCAAACUAUAACAUGAGAUUUUCAUUUUCGAAUCCAUCUCAUGUUGAAUUCGCUACUAAUAAUUUUUUAAAUAUUUAUGCUGAAUUAAAUGACAUUGAAAAAGACAUCCGUAUGUGUAUGGACAAUAUCUACGACAAUUCAACUGUUGAAGAAUGGGUUUACACCUACGUUAGUCCUAUAAAGGAUGAACUCCGAAUUGCUAUUGACUCAAGAAAUAAAAUUAUAUCGAAGGAAGUUUGGCCAAAAAGACCAUUUUUUUAA